UGGCAGCGUGCGGGAGCCGGGUGCGAGCAGAGCGCAGCCGCUAGGGAGGCGCGGGGGAGGCGAGCCGGAGCCGGAGCCGGAGCCAGAGCCAGAGCCAGAGCCAGAGCAGGAGCCAGUGUUGGCGGAGAGCACUCGCGCGCAGCCAAAGCCGGAGCCGCAGCCGCGAUGGCCGUGGCCGUGGGGAGACCGUCUAAUGAAGAGCUUCGAAACUUGUCCCUUUCUGGCCAUGUUGGAUUUGACAGUCUUCCUGACCAGUUGGUCAACAAGUCUACUUCUCAAGGAUUCUGUUUCAACAUCCUGUGUGUUGGUGAGACGGGCAUCGGCAAAUCCACGUUAAUGGACACUUUAUUCAACACCAAAUUUGAAAGUGACCCAGCUACUCAUAAUGAACCAGGUGUCCGGUUAAAAGCCAGAAGUUAUGAGCUUCAGGAAAGCAAUGUCCGGCUGAAGCUCACCAUUGUGGACACUGUGGGAUUUGGAGAUCAGAUCAAUAAAGAUGACAGCUAUAAGCCGAUAGUGGAAUAUAUCGAUGCCCAGUUUGAGGCCUACUUGCAAGAGGAAUUGAAGAUCAAACGUUCUCUCUUCAACUACCACGACACCAGGAUCCAUGCCUGCCUCUACUUCAUUGCACCUACUGGACAUUCACUGAAGUCCCUGGACCUGGUCACCAUGAAAAAGCUGGACAGUAAGGUGAACAUCAUUCCAAUAAUUGCAAAAGCUGACACUAUCGCCAAGAACGAGUUGCACAAAUUCAAGAGUAAGAUCAUGAGUGAACUAGUCAGCAAUGGAGUCCAGAUAUAUCAGUUCCCCACAGAUGAAGAAACAGUGGCAGAGAUUAAUGCAACAAUGAGUGUCCAUCUGCCAUUUGCAGUGGUCGGCAGCACUGAAGAGGUGAAGAUUGGCAACAAGAUGGCCAAGGCCAGGCAGUACCCCUGGGGUGUGGUGCAGGUUGAGAAUGAAAACCACUGCGAUUUUGUGAAACUUCGCGAGAUGCUGAUUCGUGUGAACAUGGAAGAUUUGCGAGAGCAGACUCACACCCGCCAUUACGAAUUGUAUCGGCGCUGUAAGCUCGAGGAGAUGGGGUUCAAGGACACUGACCCUGACAGCAAGCCCUUCAGUCUUCAGGAGACGUACGAAGCAAAAAGGAAUGAAUUUCUGGGAGAACUUCAGAAGAAAGAAGAAGAAAUGAGACAAAUGUUUGUUAUGAGAGUGAAGGAGAAAGAAGCUGAACUUAAAGAGGCAGAGAAAGAGCUCCACGAGAAGUUUGACCUCCUUAAGCGGACACACCAAGAAGAGAAGAAGAAAGUGGAAGACAAGAAGAAGGAGCUGGAGGAGGAGGUGAACAAUUUCCAGAAGAAGAAAGCAGCAGCUCAGCUACUACAGUCCCAGGCCCAGCAGUCUGGGGCCCAGCAAACCAAGAAAGACAAGGAUAAGAAAAAUAGUCCUUGGCUCUGCACGGAAUAAAUGAUACCCUCCAAUCUAAUUGGAUAUGCUUUCGCCUUUGCAUGUAAGUACGCUAGUAAGAAACCUUUGAGAUCUUUGACUUUUUAAAAUUAGAGAAAUAACUGGCAUAGAUGGAUUUGGUUUUAUUUUUGGAGGGGGGUAAGGAGGUGAUGGUUUGAGUAGCUUUUGAUUUAAAAAUAAAAACUACAUAUAUUUAAAAUGGCCACAUUUAUGUCUUUUUCACAAGAAACAACGUAAAUUCAGUUUUUCCUUGAUCUCAGUGUGGAAGUGAGAAGUUACCAAUCCCAGUCUGUGUCCACACAACGUCAUGGGUUUCACUGGGCUUUACAGAGGGUCCUUGGUUCUGACUGUGUCAAUAAAGCUUGAAUGAGAAACUACCACCUUCCACUGGAUAAAAUCAAGAGGAAAAACUUUUUAUGCUAGGCUGCCUCUAGACUGCUGGAUUUUUGUGGUCAUCUUGGCUUAAUGGGCUUGCCCUGGUGCUAACUGCUGGCAGUCAUCUUUUUUUUUUUCUUUUUUUUUUCUUUUUGUGAGACAGCUCUAGCUGUCCUGGCCUCUCCCCACAUCUUUUGUUCAACCAUAAUGACCAUCUUUUUGCUUCUUCCAGACUUAGAUUCCCAUAACCCUUGUACUUGUACAUGCAGUAGGAUGUGAUGGAAAAACAUCGAUGAGCAUUUAUUGGCAGUUCAGAGACUAUGUUUUCCAGCUUAGGCUCUUAAUAAAUUGGCCAAGGUUUUGUCCAGAAAGGGCAUCUCAACCAGGGGAACAUUAAUGUAAAACUAGACACAGGUUAUUUAUCUUCCUCCUCUGCUUUGUCAUCUCACCAGCAGUAACAUGCUUCCUAACAAACAGACUUGGUUUCCUCACUGUCUUGACAUAUCCAUAAGUGUUUCACAUACAAACUGUUGAGUCAGAUUUUUCAGCUGUUCCCAACCCACAUCAUACUGUCUCUGUGUGGUCCUGCCGAAACCGUCCAUUCAGAUCCCUUUGCUUUGCCAUUUGCAAGUGUCUGAAAUUGUCGAGUCUCAGCUGCCAGAAGUCUUGGUUCCAUUGACAGGAUACAUACAUGAUAACCCUUUAGUGGAAAUUAUGGCCUACAAAGCCUAGAUUAUAUGUAGGUAAUGAAGGGAAUUUUUAAAAUAAAUUGAAAACUUAAGCUGUGAACAGCAUUAGAACUUUGUCUAUUUCUUAAUUUUAAAAUAUGCUGAUUUGCCUUAAACUGUAGUUGUAGAUCAUUGUCAUUUUGCUGUUUGAAAAUAACCAAUGUGUUUCUAAAACUGUUGUGUACUUUUAGUAAUGCAGAAUUGUCAUAUAUGUAAGCUGCAUGUUAGACACGUGUCUUUUUUAAAAAACGAAAAUAAUUGUACUGAUCUAAAGCAUACCAUUUUUUAAUUUUCAAGUAUGAAAGUAAUCACUGAGCAAACAUGCUCAGUAAUUUGGUGUCUGUUCAGGUAGGAGAGUGGUGGACAGGUAAUCUAUGCAUAUAUCACUAGUGCCAAGACAUAAAGUGAGGGAAAAUAUAUUUUUACCCAAACAUUGUGUGCCCUUUUGUGAGUUCUUUUUAAUCACUGUUUGAUAUGCAUAUGUGCCCAUGCUGAUUAUACUGGAUAAAAGAAAUUGGGAAGAGUCUCAUGCUUUCCUGCCUUGUCUGGUGGUCUUGGAAUGCUACCCUCUGGGCAGCACCAGUUUCUCCAAGAUACUUACCAUGUGGCAUCCUGUACUUCACAGACUGUCUCUGCCACCUUUCUCCCCCACCCAUUCCCAUACCCUGUGUCCUGAUUGGUGUCCCCGGCACCCCACUGCCGUACGUCCAGCCGAGGCGUCGUCGUCUUCCCCAGUCGCUGCUGCUGAGGAGUCAGCCCCGUAACUGAC